AUGCUAGCUCCAUGGGAGAAAGGGAAGCGUCCCGCCAUCAAAACCAAGCCGAAGUGCAUUGUUCUCAAGAAGCCUAAGCCCAAGGUGGCUGAGAAGUCCCCUAAAGUAAUAGUGCCGUGGGCGAGACAAUGGCUAGAGGAGCUCCGCCAUCUCAAAGAACUCACCGAGAAAGAAAAGACCCCUACUAACGCAUUUUCAGAAGAAGACCCGGAGGAAGAAUCCCUUGAAAAAGAGAAUCUCGAGGGAGAACCACUCAACGAAGAAGUUCUAAUUGAAAAGCCCUACCUAGAAGGAGAGCUCGGUAGGGAGUUGCUCGAGGAGGAACCUCCAAUUGAUUACUCAUCCGAGGAGAACCCAAGUGAAGAAUCUUCUCAAGACAAUGAGGAUUACCUUGAUGAAGAAUCAGACGAGGACAACUAG